AUGGACACUCCGUACAAUUCCAAGCAGCAGCAGACCGUCCCUCCACUUAUGCAGUUGACGAUGCAUGGUGUCCUCUAUUACUCAGACGCUCCCAACACUCAAGUCAAGCCGGACAUCACCGGCACGAUCGAUAAAGGAUUCUUCCUGGCGGACAACGAGUGGACGUGCUAUCGGCGGAAUUACUUCUCCUGUAUUUGCUCGUUUCACCUGCCUCCCCCGACACAUCCUCAGGCCAGUCUACACUUCACGCCGUCUGGGUCUACCCAGUCCUACCAAGUCGCUGGCUGGGCGAUGUGUAUUUCAGCCGUCGUCUCUGAGAACGAUGCCCAUACAAUCGAGCUUGUCCAACACACUCCGAAGCGAGACAAAGGGCCCAUCUCUCCACCGGAAAAGACCAGGCUGAAUGCCAAACCUCCCCAAACGGCGCACCACCCACUUGGACACUACGCACAGGCGGAAAUGGGGCUCGGGGCAUCGUCGAGGGCCUACGAACAAUCCUUGUAUGGACAGCCACUGCCGCAUGCCUCGCUCCAUGCUUCGCUUCCAACAGAGCAUACUUUCGAAAGAAUCCAGUUCAAGCAGGCUACAGCGAACAAUGGGAAGCGCAGAGCGGCACAACAGUACUACCACUUAGUGGUCGAACUCUUUGCAGAUAUUGGAGCCCAGGGCCCGGCAAAUGACCAAUGGGUCAAAGUCGCGCACAGGAAGUCGGCCAAGAUGAUAGUUCGUGGGCGGUCGCCGGGACAUUAUCAAUCUGAGCGAAGAGCGAGCACAAGCAGCGGCCCGGGCGGAUCAGCCGGCGGAAUGGGCGGCUACACUGGGCCUGGCUCAAACAUGUUAGGAGGCGGGUAUGGAGGACCGAGUGCCAACAUACUCGGAGGCGGCUACGGAGGCGGUUACGACACACGAACGGAACAUUAUCGCACCCACCACGAUGCGAUUCCUAUGGAACCCAUAUUGAGCUCUGAAGAGUCUAAAGGGGUCCAAGAGCCGGAGAAGUACCAGUACUAUCCCACAACCAUCAUCGAGCCUCAGCACGAUCCUCGACAGCCGGUAGAGAUGUUCCAUCAUAGCUCUACGACUCGGGCCACGGAAAACCCCUUGAGAGGCCUGGGAAGCGGGUUUGACCUGACGUCGAAGCUUUACCCGGGGCCUUUGUUUUCUGACAGAGUCGGAGCCUGUGGAAGGUAUGAGGGAAAGUCGACCUCGAACGGCUACUACCCACAGAUGAUGCCGCCACCGUCGUCGACAGUCGGUCUCCAUUGA